AUGAGCUCGAACAAGAAGAGUAGCCUCACCGGCUAUCUUCCAGACAUCCUCAUGGCAGCUGCUGCACCCCUGAUAGCCUACUUCGUCAUCCGCAACCUCCUCACGCGCCUCGACCCUGAAGCCCAACAAAAAGAAGAAGCCCGCGCCAAAGCCUCAGCUGCAACCCGUAAACUCGACGCUAUCCUCACAAGCAAACGACGGAAAAGCUAUGGCGAGUACGACAGUGAAGAUGAGGAAGAUACAGAGUCGAGGCCCCGACGGCCGAGAAUACAGGAUCUCCAUCUGAAUACCUACGAACAGACCAUUGCCAUGGAAGUUGUUGCGCCCGAGGAGAUUCCUGUGAGCUUCGAGGACAUUGGCGGCCUCGAUUCCAUAAUUGAAGAGCUCAAGGAGUCCGUCAUCUACCCUCUUACCAUGCCCCACCUCUACUCGCACUCUUCCUCGCUUCUCAGCGCACCCAGCGGUGUCCUCCUAUACGGCCCUCCCGGUUGCGGAAAGACUAUGCUCGCAAAAGCCCUCGCGCACGAAUCAGGUGCCUGCUUCAUCAACCUGCACAUCUCUACCUUGACGGAAAAGUGGUACGGCGACAGCAACAAGCUCGUAAACGCCGUGUUCAGUCUGGCAAGAAAACUGCAACCAAGUAUCGUCUUUAUCGAUGAGAUUGACGCAGUUCUGGGACAGAGGAGAAGCGGCGAACACGAAGCCAGCGGCAUGGUGAAAGCUGAAUUCAUGACCCACUGGGACGGCCUCGCCUCCAGCACCUCCUCCGGUACAUCAACCCCCCAGCGGAUAUGUAUCCUCGGCGCCACAAACCGCAUCCAAGACAUUGACGAAGCCAUCCUCCGACGCAUGCCCAAGAAAUUCCCUGUCGCUCUCCCUUCAGCCACACAACGCCAUAACAUCUUCUCCCUUAUUCUGCGCGGCACCAAAAUCGACCAGCAGAACUUCGAUUUAAACUACCUGGUCCGUGUUUCGGCUGGAAUGAGCGGUUCCGACAUCAAAGAGGCGUGUAGAGAUGCGGCCAUGGGCCCAGUCAGGGAGUACAUCAGGAGAAAGAAGGCAGACGGCACGCUGAGAAGCAGUAAAGGAAUGGCGCAGGGUGAUGUUCGUGGACUAAGGACAGAGGACUUCUUUGGUCGGGGAAAGGGCCUGCGCGAGAUGGAGUCUGUCGACGAUACACGCGACGAGAUGAACGCACGCGUACGCAGCAGAGUGCACACCACAUCAGAGGAGUCCGUGUCCGAGGAAGCGAGUAGCAGCGACAGCACAGCGAGUGGCGAAGACAAAUUCCGCGAUUCAGCGUACCAAGGUGCAGCCAACGAGGCAGUCGUGCGGUAA